CUCCCUCACUUUCUUUGUCUAUAUAACACCUUCUAAAUCUUCCCAUUUUCUUUCAAGUUUCAACCAUCAAUCCUCUUAACUAAAAGAAAAUAUUCCUCUCUCUCCUUUCUUUCCUUCCUUUUUCCUUCCAUCCGCUUCCGGAUUUCCAUUUUUCAAAAUAUCCCUCACUUAACCGGAGAGAAAUGGAUGUUCAGCAGCGAAUCCCUAACGCCGUCGUAUCUUCAGCUCCCUCCGGCAAAUCUUCAAAAACGAAAAACGAAAAGCAUGAUUCACAAUCACACCCUUCACUCUACUUAACAAACGCGGUUUUCUUCGGCCUCUUCUUCUCCGUCGCGUACUUUCUUCUUCACCGGUGGCGCGAGAAGAUCCGAACCUCUACUCCUCUACAUGUACUCACAAUCUCCGAGAUGAUAGCUCUAGUUUCCCUCAUCGCUUCAUUUUUCUAUCUUAUGGCUUUCUUUAGCAUUGGCUUCAUUCUUCAUCCCUUCGCCGCUUCCAGUGACGUUCACUAUGACGAAGAAGACGAAGUAGAAGCAGAGAUUGCUAAAAGUAUAACCACCGGUUCAUGCCUCGCCGGAGUUGCACCUCCGCUACAACCGAAAACUACCUCGCCGGUGACGGUGCACCUUUCAUCCGAUGAUGAGGAGGUUGUCCAGGCAGUAGUUUCAGGAUCAAUUCCGUCUUACUCACUUGAAUCCAAACUCGGAGAUUGCCGGCGUGCGGCGGCGAUUCGCAACCAAGCGGUGGAGAGAGUUACCGGAAGGUCACUUGAAGGUUUACCGUUGGAAAAUUUUGAUUACGAUUCUAUCCUAGGACAGUGUUGUGAGAUGCCGAUCGGAUUUGUUCAGAUUCCGGUGGGAGUUGCAGGUCCUCUGUUGCUCGACGGGAAAGAGUUCACGGUUCCGAUGGCAACCACCGAAGGCUGUUUAGUCGCAAGCACUAAUAGAGGUUGUAAAGCGAUUUAUGUUUCCGGUGGUGCAUCUGCUGUUGUCCUCCGUGAUGGCAUGACUAGAGCUCCUGUUGUUAGAUUCAACUCUGCCAAAAGAGCCUCUCAGUUAAAGUUCUUUUUAGAAGAUCCUCGGAAUUUCGAUUCCCUGGCUCACACUUUCAACAAGUCGAGUAGAUUUGCGAGAUUACAGAAUAUAAAGGCUACUAUAGCAGGAAAAAAUUUAUACACUAGGUUUACUUGCUCAACUGGUGAUGCAAUGGGGAUGAACAUGGUAUCAAAAGGUGUACAAAACGUACUUGAUUUUCUUCAAUGCGAUUUUCCAGAUAUGGAUGUUAUUGGUAUUUCCGGAAAUUUUUGCUCAGACAAGAAAGCGGCGGCAGUGAAUUGGAUUGAAGGGAGAGGAAAAUCUGUGGUGUGUGAGGCUGUAAUUAAGGAAGAGGUGGUGAAGAAAGUGUUGAAGACUAGUGUGGAGUCUUUGGUUGAGCUUAACAUGUUAAAGAAUCUUACUGGUUCAGCCAUGGCGGGUGCUCUUGGUGGAUUCAAUGCACAUGCUAGUAAUAUUGUUUCAGCUAUUUACUUGGCUACAGGUCAAGAUCCUGCUCAGAAUGUUGAGAGUUCUCAUUGUAUGACCAUGAUGGAAGCUGUGAAUGAUGGAAAAGACCUUCAUGUAUCUGUUACUAUGCCUUCCAUUGAGGUGGGGACAGUUGGAGGGGGCACACAACUUGCAUCACAAUCAGCUUGUUUGAAUUUACUUGGUGUGAAGGGUGCUAGUAAAGAGUCACCGGGAUCUAAUUCAAGGCAACUUGCAACAAUAGUAGCUGCUUCCGUCCUUGCCGGAGAGCUUUCACUCAUGUCCGCAAUUGCUGCUGGUCAGCUUGUAAAGAGCCACAUGAAAUACAACAGAUCUAGUAAAGAUGUCACCAAAAUUGCUUCAUGACCUUGCCACAUGACAAUACUAUAAUGGUGAGAUAAAUAAACUUGCAUGUAUUAUCAGGAGUAUAAAUUAUUUUUAAGAGGGCAUUAAUUAGUGGUGCUUGAAUAUAGCCUGAAGUUGUACAGAAGCAAAUUAAUCUUUUUUUGAAGAAGAAAAGGGAACUUUUUUUUUUGCAGUAUGUCUCAAGUCUCAUCUAUUUUAGUCUCUUUUUGCUUGUAUUCCUAAUUGUGUUGAAAUCUUUAUUAUUAUCAUCUAAAGCUCGAAGAUUAAUACUUGUAUCCUAAUUGUGUUGUAAUCUUCAAUCUCCAUUACUAAACUCUUGGUAUUGCCAUUUUGUUGGCAGUCAAUCUUCCCCGAUAUCACUGUUACUAUAAUUAAUAAGAUGGUAGACAUAAAUUAUUGCUUGAA